AUGGAGAUUGAUCAGUACUCAGCUCGUGCUGUCAAUGAGGAUUAAGCCCUAAUGAGUAAGAGAGGUGAUUAAGAACAAAGAAAAGCAGAGUUCUUUCAACGUUGUUUAUAGGAUCGUAAAGUUCAUACAGAUUUAUCCUAAUCAGAAAAAUUUAUAUUUGGAGACAAAGCCAUAUAUAUGGGAAGAUUCAAAUUGGAAUAGAGAUUGUAGGAUAUCGAUGAAGUUUUUUUGCCUUUUGACAAUAUUGAUUUGGAUGAAAAGGAACGUAAUGAAAAAAUGAAAGAGUUAUCAAAAUCUUCUUAAUCUGAAAACUAAAGGAUUGAUAUUAGUAAGAGGAACAAGAGGAUCGAAAAUUUUUGGUUGAUAAUAAGUCCAGAUAGUUCUAUUAAAAUAUUGUGGGACUUCUUCUGUAUGAUAUUAAUUCUCUACGAAAUCAUAACAAUACCAAUAAGAAUCAGUUUCGACAUAGAAGUGAGUGCGGAGUUUGGUUAUGUGAUAACAGCAGCGUUUAUAUUUGAUAUUUUGUUAACAUUUAAUACAGCAGUAUAUUUGAAUGGAAAUAUCAAUUAUUCAUAUAAGGCAAUCGCACUGGAUUAUUUCAAAUUGUGGUUUUGGAUAGAUGUUGUGGCAUCAUUUCCUUAUGAUAUGGUAUUCAAUACAGUAUUGACAGGGGAAGCUGAAGACGAAGCGACUUAGUCUUCUUAAAAUUUAAAAAAGAGUACUUAAAUUUUAAGAGUAUUAAAAUUCUUUCGAUUUGUUAAAGUCAUACGUUUGUUAAGAUUGGCAAAGUUGAAGGCAAUAAUGGAUAAAAUAGAGGAGUAUUUUUCAGACAGUUCUAUAAUUUAAACAAUCGGGAGUUUUUUAAAGCUGUGUGCAUUUGUCUUAUUUUGGUCUCAUUGGCUUGGAUGUAUAUUCCAUUUUAUAGGGUAAAGCGAGGAUACAACAUACAAUUGGCUGUCUAUUUAUGGAUUGUAUGAUGAGCCUUGGGAAAUUAGAUAUGUAAAUUCAGUAUAUUGGGCAGUGACUACAAUGAUUACUGUAGGCUAUGGUGAUCUAUCUCCAUAAACACCAUUAGAGAGACUAUUUGGAGUGUUCUUUCUUCUCAUUGCUUGUGGUGUGUUCUCUUUUACUAUGAACACCAUCGGUAAUACAAUGCAAUAACUAAGUUAGAAGUAAGAUUAGUAUCAGAAGAGGAUAUCUGAAAUAAAUAUAUAUAUGGCUAAAGUCAAGAUUCCAAAGCAAUUAUAAAAUAAGGUUAGAAGAUAUUUAUAGUAUAUCUGGGAUUCUCAUCGUAGUGUAAAUUUGGAAUCAAUUUGUUAAAAUCUCUCAUUAUCUCUAAAAUACGAGUUUACCAUAUAAGUGAAUGGUACAAUAUUGGCUAGUUAUAAAUUGUUGUGUGAGACAUUUUCAAGGAAGUUGCUAAUUGAAUUGACUCAGAUUCUAAAAGAAUAGACAAUUUAACCAGAUGAAUAUGUCUUUAUAGAAGAUGAGCCUAAGAAUGAACAAAUUCUAUAUUUUAUUUAGGAAGGUCAAAUAAAUAUUGUGUUAAUUAAAACUAGACAAAUAGUGGCUAGGUUGAGUAAUAAGUAGAUCUUUGGUGAAAUUAGCUUCUUUGGUAAUAUUGGCAGAACAGCAUCAGCUAAAAGCAAUGGUUUCACUGAUGUAUUUGUUUUGAAAAGACAAGAUUUUGUGGCUCUAUUGGACAAGUUUCCAGAAGACAGGGAACGAUUUAAUUAUAUCAAUGAAGAAGUCAAUAAACGAUAAUUGUAGGUGUUGAAUAUUCAUUGCUAUGCUUGUGAUUUACCAGGACAUGUUAUUAGAGAUUGUCCCUCAUUACAUUUUGUGAUUGAUUUGUAUGUGUAUUAAAAGACCAAAAUCAGAUGCAUCAAAGCCAUAAUGAAAGAUUUCGUAAGGAAAGAUCGAAUGAAUUAUAAUGCUUUGAAGAAUAGGGAGGAUUUGGAAAAAGAAGCUAAGAGACUGUAGAUGAAUAUACCUACUCAUAAAUUCUUGAUGGAGGAAUGCAAUGUGGAUGAUCAAUUAUCUUAGGCAGUGGAGGAUGAAUCCAUAAAAAAGGGAUUCAAAUUAAGAUCUAAGUUUAAAGAAGACAGGAAUAGAAGAAGAAAUUGGGAAUAAACUUUUAAGAAAUCUGCCCAGAAGAUUCAGUAGAUCUAAAUUAAGCAAUCAGAGAUAUUUAGUAUUACCAAAAGUCUUUCUUAAGCACUAUUAUCUUCUCAUGCUAGUGGGGAAACCAGUCUCAAUCACAUUGCAAUUAAUUAGUUCAAAUCUCCAAAUGAGAGUUCAGAAGAUAGUGAUAGUGGAACCAUCCAAUAAAAGAUGGAAGACAUUAUGGCUGACUAUUAGAUAUUCAAAUAAGAAGUAGACAAGUACAAUGGGAGUCAACAAUUGGAGAUCAAGAAGAACUUUGUGUUGCUGAAUGAAUUUGAAUGUGGCUAAGAUUUCAAUAUAUUUUAUCCUCACAACAAUCUCUCUGUUGUGUUGAAAGAAUUCCACAAGUAUCAAUUAGGUAACUCUGUCAAACCUAAAAUCGAUACUGAAUAUGAUACCAAUGUAUUUCAGGAAUACAUGGAAUAUUAUGUAAUAGACAUAGAAGAUGUGAAUAGAUUUAAAUUGGAAGUCAAACCAUCUUAAAUCAAACAAUUUCUACCUUUCACAGAACUUCUCUAAUCAUCAUAUAACCGUUAAAAAAAAAAGAACUUUGGUUUGUUAAAACAUCCAAAAAGAUCGUUUAAAUAAGUUGUUAGAGCAAUUAUAUUGGCAAGAAAAUUUAAAUGA